UGUUGUGACUGUGCGCUUCUCUACGUUUCAGGUUGUUGGAGCGAGGAGAUGACCUCUGAGCGAGGCGGGCUGCUCAAGAGCCGCGCUGAAGACUUUGCACGUCACCUGACGAGGCGUCUGCGCUCCCUAGGCGGGGCUGGAGAUGGUGGCGGGGGCAGCUGGGUAGAGUCGAGCACUGAGGUCUACUACGACAUUGACUCAUCUCUGGCGAGUCCCCAAGAAGAACUUGCAGAGCCAAUCUUCAUCGCAUCCCAAAACAAAGAUGGUCUUCCUCUCCAGCGAAGUGAAUCGUCAGGAUCCGAGUACUUUGACACCUUCGAGGAGCUUCCUCAGCCAUCUUCAUCAGCACUCCUGAAGAAAAUCCCUAUCCUCCACCUUAAGACUGAAAAACCAGUUCCUCUCACAAACGGACACACAAACGUCAUAGAUGCAGACCUAGGAUGCACCAGAGUCCAUGUCAUAUCUUGCGAAGAAAUUCAACCAAGUGAAACAAUCGCCGAGAAAGAAACCUGUGAUAUUGUCGAGAACAACAACACCUGGAUUGAUGUGGAAGAUGUGGACAAAAUCGAUAAAAAAGAAGCUGAACCGGUGUUAGAACUUUGUAAUGGUGCUGUAAGCUUAGAAACGCAUUUGGUUUGUGCUGGGAACACAUCAGAUAAAACAGAGACAGAAACAUUAGGAAAUUGUGUGUUUUGUGAUAUAGAACAGGCUAAGUCUACUUUUACCAGUAAUACAGAGUCAAUAGUUCCCCAGAUAGAAGACCAAAGAAUUAGCAGUAGUAUAAACCAUAGUGCAGAUAAGGAACCCGAUAAACUCAAAGAUUCACACCUUGAAUUUUCCCAUCAGAAGCCUAACGGAUAUUUACCUGAGACAGAAGAUAGUGUUUCUCUUUCUGAUCUCCUUCAAGUUUUAAAAAGGGAGAUUUCAAAAGAUUCUGAAUGUACUGAAGAAGCAAAGAAUUUGGUAGCAGAUUCAAAAACUAUUGAAGACCCACAGACUACUUGUCCUAGUAUCGAAGUAAGAGAAUCGACGCCUACACAAUCCCAAGAGGCUGCAGAAAAAGAUGAAGAAUUUGACAUUGAAACAAAAAGGAAAAACUUCCGAAGAUGUUCGAGUUUGAAAAGUGGAAAAACGCCACCUGGAACUCCAGGGAGGAAGAAGAUUGUCAGGUUCGCAGACGUGCUGGGAUUGGACUUGACGGAUACCAAAACCUUCCAAGACGAGGUACCCACGGUGCCCAGUUCAGCCUAUUCAGACUUGCACCUACCUGACGAUGUUCCAUCUUCACAAGCCACUUCCAGUGUGAUGACUCCUCAGACCCAGAAGGUUCUGGUGCCAUUGUUCCCUCAACCGUUUCUCUCUCCCAAUUUCAUGGACCGAGUGAUGGCCAAUAACGUUUGCCUAGAGAGUGCAGCAGUAAGUGACAUGAACCUGUUUGCCAUCACAGGAGUUGUCAGGGUGCGGAACAUUGAUUUCCACAAGAGUGUUUACAUCCGCUAUUCCAUCAACAGCUGGAAGAACUAUGCUGACCUGCAGGCCAGGUACAUUCCCAAAUCCUGUGAUGGUUUCUCCGACAAGUUUAGUUUUGUUCUUUACGCACACACGCUGAGUGUUGGACAGAAGAUGGAGUUUGCUGUCCGCUACCACACAGCCGGCACUCAGUUUUGGGACAGCAACGGUGGACUUAACUACGUAUUUGAAUGCUUACAGCAGCCUGUUCCCAUCGCCCAUCCAGAGAUACCCUCAAGUCCCGCCGAAACUUGGGCCUCCUUCCUCUAAAUUUGAAAAUUUAAAUACACAGAAAGGCUGGUGAGGUUUUCCUUAAUGUUACACAGAAUAGCAGUUAUACUCAUGUGUUCUCAAUAGUUAAAUUAUGUAUGUAUUCUUUAGAGAGAAGACUUCUUUAUACAGUACUCAAUUCCACUUACACUAUGCAGUACAUGGCUAAUAAGAGACAGUCAUGCAAUUAAAACUAUUGGUAUCGUUCUGUGGGCUGUGUCAAGUAUCCCCCUAACCCUCAGAAAAUGUCAGUGAUGAUAGGGUGUACAACUUUCUGUAAAACUUACUCUAUCCCUUUAUGUGAUCUCACUCAUUACAGCAAGGAGGAAAACCUCACUCAUCAAAAUUUCCAUUUCAUUAAAAAAACUCAUAAACUCACUUUCACUCAUAGAUCACUCUAGGGUAUCAGAAGUAGACAUAACAAUGUAAAUGAACAAGUUCCAUUGAUGGGAUCCUGCCUUUAAGACUAAGAGUAGAAACUAAGUCAUAGCAUGUAAGGCCUUCAAGAUUUUUUAACAAUAUUGGUUUUAUUUUUGAAAUUGUUUCCAUAAAAAUUUGGAUCUGUUGUUUUACCAUACCAUUACACAACAAAUAACUAGCUAUUAGAAAGAAGAACAUGAGCUCAGUAGCUUUAUGAAUCAAUUUAAUAAUCAAUAUAUUUUUUUCUGUGUAGAAUAACUCUGCAUUAUUUAUUUACAUCAUUAGUUUUUUUUUUAAACAGAUAUCCUUCCAUUAAGGUCUAAAAUACAUACAUACACUAAUUGUGAUUCCAUGUUUUUAUAUGCUCCUUAGUAACAGUGAAAUUUACCUUAACAGACUCUUUUCAUGGUGAACAUAAAGAAAGAGCAUGUUUUUUUACCCUAAAUGGUUACAAAAAUAUUUAGCUUAGAAUUUCAACUGCAGUUCCCUUUUGACAAUUCACUUUCAAAACACAUACAGUUUUUUAUACAUUACAAUGGGUCAAACCCAAGGAACAAGUCAUUUUUCGCUUGACAACUAAAAAUAACAUGUUUAUAAUGAGUGCAAAUCCUGUUGCAAAAUAUUUUGCGGGUUUGUAGGUCAGAUGGUGGUUAAUCCAGUUGAAACUGUCCUUAGAUAAGUGGUAAUUGAGAGUAACUAUCUCUAGUCAUUGAGUUUAUCAGGGUCGCCAACCUUUGCCACUGUUUGUAUUUAACUUUAAACCGAUUAUCAUCCAUGCCAUUGCAAGAUCAGUGCCUGAAUAUUGAACUUAAGAUGAUACAUUUAUUUAAAUAUAAUAUAGCAGACAUUGACUUGAUAGGACAUAGUAUUCUGUUUCCUCAGUUGGGUUGAUGAAUUGAUAUAGUAAAAAUCGGUCAAGAGGGGCAAAAAUAUACUAUGGUAAAUACAACAAAAUCCAGAGUGCAAAAAAUAAAGUUGUAUUUUACAACUAUAACCUUUCCAGAUAACUCAUAAUUUACUUUAAAACUUAGCUAGUGCAAUUUUGGUCGUAAGUUAGAUUAUGUGAAAAUGGUCCAAUGAGAAUUUUUACUGUACAAUAUUGCCAAAUUUAUUUAGAUCUUUUUUUAACUACUGAUAGAAUGUACUUCAGUUUUCAAAAGUCAAUAUUAGAACCAAAGUUUAAAGCGGAUUUUACUAUUUAUCUUGAAUCAUUUUAAUUUUAUCUUCUUUAUAAUUCCUUGUGUUCAAAUAACAAUAGCGGGUGGCUGGUCAUCAAGUUACAAACUUUUUUGUAUAAGUACAAAGUAAAUGAAGUGUGAUAAGAGGUUCCAAGUCUAAAAAAUAGCUUCCCAAUGAACUAUUUUACUUUUACAAAAAAAACCAUGUUUUUCAACACAAUACAGCAUUUCUCAAUUCAAUAACCACCAAACGGAUUUGAGUAGAUGAUGUCAUUUUCGUGUUCUACAUUACAUUUUGAAUAAGAAUAAUUGAAAAUGAUUGAGGAUAAUAGUAAAAACCCCAUUGUAAACAGUUCCAAAAUUAAAGGUCUAUGAUAAAGGUUUAAAAAACCAUUGGUCUAUUGCAUUUUUCUACAACCUGUAUCAAAAUAUAUUCAAACUGCGCCAUUUUAUAAGCUUUAAAACCACAUGUUACUCUAUUGAAGUUUAGAUCCUGCUUUUGUUUGUUUCAGUGCUUUGAAUACUAGAAAACACAGGGAAAUUUUUUACUGUUUUUACAGUAUUUGCUGACUACAUGCCUACUACCUAUUUAAAAUGUUAAAACCCCUGUGUUUUGGGAGUCUUCAAACCACUAAAGCGAACAUAAGCAGACCUCAGCCUCAAUAGUUGGAAAGCUUAUUAAAUGGCACUGUUUCACAAUAUUAUGCUACCUUCUUGUAUACAGAGUAUUGAAAAAUGCAGACAAUUUAUUUUUAAUCUUAUAAUAUACCUUAAUUUUAAUCUUUGGAACUAUUUAUAAUGGGGUUUUUAUUAUUGAUCCUCCAACAUUUUCAAUUAUUCUUUUUCAAAAUUUAAUCUAGAACACGAAAAUGACAUCAUCUACUCAAAUCCGUUAGCAGGUAUUUAAGAAAUUGCUGUAUGGUGUUGAAAAACAUGGUUAUUUUAGAAAAAAAGUUAAAUAACUCAUUGGGAAGCCAAUUUUUUUACUUGGAACAUCUUACUGUACAAGUACAUGCAUCAACACACUUCAUUUACUUUGUACAUACACCGAAAAAAAAACAUUUUUUUAACACUGAUCACCAGCCACCCUGUAUAUCUUUAUCAAUGUUAGUAAGUUAAGUAUUAGUAAGAAUCACAUAUUUUAUAUACUAUUUUUGUUGUGUUUAUAAUUUUAUUCUUUUUAGAUUAGUGUAAAUUGUAUGUAUAAUAUUUGGUGCUCUAUGUACAAAUUUUACAAAGGCAGAUUUUAAUUGUAUAUUUUACUGGUAUAUGUGAUGUUUCUAUGGUGCCAUAUGUAGCCUUAAAUGCUGCAUGUUUUUCUCUACCAGAAAAAUAUCUGUAAUAAUAAAUAUUAAACAAAACUUUAAAUAAGAGUGUAACUAUAUGUAUAUUUUUAUAGACGAAUAAUACUACUCGAUUUAAUUUUAAGUUUUUAUUUAGAGUUUAAGUUAGAGAAAGCUAAUUUGAGAGCCUUCAAUAAACUUGAAAAAAUAUAUUUUAAAAUAGUACAUUAGGACUAUACAUGUAAAUUUGUUGUAGUACUAUAAUAAAUGUAUAUGUUGUAGUUUUUUGCCAUCACAAUUAUUUACAAUUUACUCUCUUUGUUGCUAGAUAUUAUUGCAAAACCAAUUCACCUCAACCACAUCAGUACUUAAUCUAGACUAUAUUAUGCAAAUGUAAAUCUUUGUUCCAAAAUUUUGCAAUCACAUUUUAUAAUCAUUUAGCCUUUCUCUUGAACCAUAGAUUAAACAUAUUGUGACCCAAAUAUAUUUAAUAUAUCAAAAUAAACUUGCAGUAGCAAAUGUUUUAGAACUUAUACAGUACUUACAUAAUAAUUAUAGUUACAUCAUACUGAACUCUACUGGAAACUGGCAGCUUUCAUGAUUUUAGGACAUGUUUCAUAUUUACUGUAAUCUUUUUAUGUUAAGUAUUUAAUUUGUUAUGACGAUUUUUCAAAUCAUGUUUAAUUAGUUUACAUUUCUUAUUUGAUUUGAUUAUAACAUUAGGUUUUAGGCUACAUUAGAAUCUCUUUCUUCUCUUAACAUUGAUGUUCAAAAGAAUCAUUGUAUAAAUCUGUUAAACUAUAUAUGUUUGUAGCAUCUAGAGAGACUGUUUGAUAAAGUGUAAGUAAAUUAAACCAUAUAUAUUGUAAAUUAUGAAGCUGAAUAUAUUGUUAUCGAAUUCUAUAUUGAUAGAUUUCCUAAAUGUACCUGAUUAUUAAGAACUGAAAUAUUUUCAAUAAAGGAAUCUGCCU